AUGACCUAUGAAAAGGUCAUGAAUGAAAGCGACAUGCUUGCCGCUCUUGACUCGAUACAAAGCCCGUUGGUGCCUGGGGACUCAGCACUUUCCAAUGUGCAAUGUAUCGCCCACAGAGGCUCGAGAUUCCAUUGGCCUGAGAACACGAUGAUGGCCUUCAAAGGUGCAAUUAAAGCAGGUGCAGAUGCAUUAGAAACAGACAUUCAUUUGUCGAAGGAUGGUGUGGCGGUUCUUUCACAUGAUGCUAGCUUAAAACGAUGCUAUGGCAUACAAGGAAAUGUCAUCGACUACGAUUGGGAGUUCCUCAAGACUCUUCGGACUAUAAAGGAACCUCACGUCCCCAUGCCACGGUUAUCUGAGCUUGUGCAAUUUCUCGAUCUGCCGGAAAACAAGAAUAUAUGGCUAAUGCUUGAUAUCAAGACCGAUAACAUUGCUGAAGACGUCAUCUUAGCAAUAGCAGAAGCUAUAUCCAGUGUAAAUGGCAGCGCGGAAUACUGGCACGGUCGAAUACAGUUGGGUUGCUGGAAUAUUCAAUUCGUACCCCUUUGCCAAAAAUACCUCUCUGGCUUUCCGAUAACAUUCAUUGGCUAUUCGCUUGCACUAGCAGCUGAAUUCCUCGAUGUCCCGGACACAAAUUUCAACCUACUAUUCCCGAGCGUGGUGGGGCCUUUUGGGAGCGAUUUCAUAAGGAAGGCUCAGUCGAGAGGUCGGGAGGUCUAUGUCUGGACCCUUAACGACACCACCCUGAUGAAAUGGGCAAUAUCUAUGGGCGUCGACGGUAUUGUAACCGACGAAACAAAAAAACUGAUGAAGUAUGUUGACUGA